GCUCGUCUUGAUCUCGUUGGCGGCGCCGUCCAUGGCCGAGCGAGCGCCCUGGCUGUUCUUGCGAUCGAUGAAGAUUGUGCCGCUGAGGCUCAUGAACCAGCCCAGGAACGGCACGCGCUUCAGCUGGGCCUUUGCGGUGACGCUACAGUACUUGGGGAAGACGGCGCCCAGCAUGAGCACGUCCAGCUCGGUCUGGUGGUUGCCGAUGAAGACGGCGGGGCGGGUCGAGCCGAGGAUGUUUUCCGGGUCGUCAACCACAAACUCGAUGCCCGUGGUGUAGCGCAUGGUGAAGUGAAAGGCGCGGGCAACGGCCCAUUGCGCAAUCUGGCGCUUGCCGACGAGGGUGAGCAGGAUGGAGGCCAGCACGCCGUAGAGGGCGCAGGCGAUGAGCGAGAUGUAGGCGGCGAGCGAGCGGGCGACGAAGCCGGCCUUGGGGACGACGAGGGACGCCAUGUAGAAGGAGAGGGUGAGGGCGGUGUAGCCGAGGAGGAAUUUGACGAGGUAGUCGAGGAGGAGGGCCAUUCUUUUUGUUAUUUAUUUAUUUAGGAAUCUGCGGUGUCGGAUCGUGGAUAUAUAAGAGAGGAGAGUCGUCGAGUAGCUGAUGAUGGCGGCGGGGAAGAGGUGGACGAGGUUCCAAGGGUUCGCUAUAGUUCCAUGCUCCUGUUUCAAAAGGCGAAGAAAAUAUCACUCUAGAUUCGUUCGAUUCUUCUGCUGAUACACCAGAUCCGGUAGUGUGCACGGUUGGAGGGUGUGACCAGGUCAGGUUCAAGCGGAGGAAGAAAAAGGGACGAAUGGAUGGGAUGGGGAAAUCACAAGCACAGCGAAAAAAGUUGGUGGCCACGGGAACUAGUGGUUUAGUUUUGUUGGAGAAACGCUGGUUUACAGGUGACGGCGCUCCGGUCGGCGGUUGUAUCGGUGACCUGUAGCGGUGGUUAUCUGUGGGUGCUGGCGAUAGGUAGCGGGGACGAGGAGGGAUUCAACGUGUUGGCUGGACCUCGGCGGGAUGGAAAAUGACGUUGGGACCUGGUGGGCGCCGGGAGGCUAGAGGCUGGCGGCAUGGCGGCGCUGUAAUUGGUUGAAAAUUAGAGGUCUGGGUUACCCCUGCGCUUGGUGUCGAUACUUUCAAUAUGUCCUCUUGCUCAUACUGUGGUCAGUAAAACGGAGCGAUCUCCCCGUUGACAUGCAUUUUCAUCUCAUAAUCGCCCACAAGUUGUCCUUUAUAACGAAGUGUCGAUGAAGUGGAAUGCUUGCCUGCCUUGGCAGAAUCUACUUAUACACUGUGAAAGUUGUAGGAGGGGUUGAUGCUUAACUGCAUGUACAUGUACGUACACAUGUAAUCUGCCCCAGGAUUUGAAGGUGAUUGGGCGCCUUCCCUGCCAAUAUGAAGACGCAAGGCAUCAUUAAUCCUGCCUGGCCCAACUUAUGGUCUUCAACGCCAUCAUCCGCAAUUCUGCCAUUCCUGUUGUUUUGCUAUACAUCCCGAAGAGCCACCAAAAGGAAGACGGCGUAAUGGACGAUAAUCGCACAAUCUCUCAAAGUAUCUUUGGACAUGAUGCUCGCAUCAUCCAAGGCGACGUGAUCGGAGGCAGUGUCCUUGUGACCAAUAACUACGGCACAUCAUCUCAAGGCACAGACAAGAGAGACGGAGAGGAUGACAUUCUGCGCCGCCUCUAUACGUCGCCGUACGAAGACCGAAAAGACCGUAACCCGCCUCGGGUUCCAGGAACAUGCGAAUGGUUCACAUCCCACGAGCUCUUUAAGGAAUGGGAAAGAAGCGAUUCAUCAAGACUGCUUUGGGUAUCUGCAGAUCCUGGGUGUGGAAAAUCAGUCCUAGUAAGACACUUGGUGGAAUAUGUCCUUCAAACUACAGAGUCUAGGACAGUGUGUUAUUUCUUCUUCAAGGACGAUUUUCCAGAUCAGAAGACGGUUGUCAAUGCUCUACGCUGCAUAUUACGCCAAUUAUUCAUACAGAAGCCCCUUUUAUUUUCCGACAAGAUUUCUAAAGACCAGAAUGCCGGUGAAAUCAUCUGUGUCUUGGAUGCGAUCGACGAAUGUGAAGAUCAAGGGUCUCAGCUUGCUCAAGAGCUAUGCAAACUUUAUGGUGCUGCGAAUGACUUUCAUUUAAAAUUCCUCCUUACAAGUCGGCCUUAUGGCAAUAUCCAUCGUGGUUUUAGGCCUCUGGAGAUCCCUGGGCUGCCAGUCAUUCAUUUGAGCGGAGAAAGUGAGGAUGAAGUACGGAAAAUUUCUCAAGAAAUCGACAUUUUCAUUCGAUUUAAAGUCAAGGAUAUUGCAAAACGGCUAAAGCUUCUAGAGGAAGAGCAGAACCUCCUACUUCAAGAGCUUAUGAAAAUCUCCCACAGGACGUAUCUAUGGGUAUAUCUUACACUCGAUUUAAUCGAGAGAGACAUCGUUGUUGACAAAACCAUAUCUACUGCCGCUUCCUGUAUCCCGGAAACAGUGGAUGAGGCGUAUGAUAGGAUUCUCUCAAAGAGUUGCGAUUUCAAGCAGGCGAAGAAGAUAUUACAUAUUAUCGUGGCAGCAGUACGGCCCCUGACCCUGAAAGAGAUGAGCUUCGCCUUGCUUCUUCGGAAAAGUCACCAUUCGUGGGAAGACAUAGAUCUUAAACCUGAAAUUCGUUUCCGCCAAGAAUUACGGGACGUCUGUGGCCUUUUUAUAGUAGUCAUCGACUCAAAGAUAUAUUUACUUCACCAAACUGCAAAAGAAUUUUUGCUUCGGAAUAAUACACAGCAACCUGUGGAAGCCCAUGAACGUUUUACGUGGAAGCGCUCACUGAAUUUGCUCGAAUCUCACCAUAUUCUCUCGAAUAUCUGCAUCUGGUAUCUGCUUUUGUUAGAAGCUGAUGCAAAGUUAUUUAGAAGAGUUGGCAUCUCAUAUCUUCGUGAUAAUGACAGGAUAUUUCUCGACUACUCUACGAAAUACUGGGCCAUCCACUUCCGCGAGCAGCGUAUAGAAGCACAAGAAGAAAAGACUGAGCUAAUAUUGAAGAUAUGCGACAUUGAAUCAAGGCUCUGCCAAGUAUGGUUCCAAGAAUAUUGGACCAGCACAAAUACCAAGUUCCCAAAAGGGUUUACAACCCUUAUGAUGACGGCGUAUUUUGGACUGCAGACUGCAGUGCAAAGCUUGCUCAAGAUCGAUGUUGACAUAAAUUGUCAAGAUGACACUUACCAAAGAUCAGCACUAUCUUGGGCCGCAAGAAACGGCUUUCAUAAUAUUGCUAAGUUACUGAUCAGGGGUACUCGUUUUAGACUGGGGGCUAUCAAGCUGCCAUUUAGAAAAGUGGCUGAAAUCGAUCUGGUAGAUAUAUACGGCCGAACACCAUUAUCAUAUGCCGUUUGGGAUGGAAAUAUGACUAUGGUUGGGUUGCUUCUUAACGCAGGUGCAGUAAUACACGUGAAGGAUGAAGUUGGUGGAACUCCAAUGUCCUACGCCAUUUGGAAUCAGAAUGAGCAGGUAAUCGAUAUCCUGCUCCAAAAAGGCAAACAAGUUGACGAUGAUAAUAUCAACGAUUUACUAUUCUCAGCUGCGAAAAAGGGCCAUGAGGAAGUAAUUGAGCUGCUGCUUAAAACAGAUAAGGUCAAGCUCGACGUGAAGGAUCAAGAGGGCCAGACGCUUUUAUUAUGCGCCGUAAAAGAAGCCCACAUGGCGGUGAUCAAGGUGCUUCUUGAAAAAGGAGCAGACCCGAACUGCGAAAAUGAGCUUAAGGAGACACCAUUGCUAUAUGCUAUAGACCAUAGCAAUAUAGCGAUACAAAGGGCCAUGUGGAAUUAA